UUAUAAAGGUGCAGCUUAAAGUAAUUAAUUCAUACAAUAUAAUGGGGCUAAGGGCUAUUCCCUUUUCAGCUUCUCAAAAUUACUAUUUGGGUGGUUCCGAAUAUUUGGCCAAAUGCAGUAUUGUUCCUAGCAGCAGAACAAAGCUAGUAGGAAUUUCAGCAAAGGCAAAGAAAGAUGAAGAAGCAAAGAAUAAGAAUAAGCAAUCUUUGUUUACAAGUGUAACUGAAGCUCUGGAUUUUUCCCAAGUUAGAUCCGCAAAGGACGCUGAGCUUCUUGAUGAAGCAAGAGAAAAAACACAAUCCGGAGAGAGAAUGUCCAGAGAACAGUAUGGAGCUCUGAGAAGGAAGAUUGGUGGGACAUACAAAGAUUUCUUCAAGUCCUACGUUGAGGUGGAUGGGCAAUAUGUGGAGGAGGGAUGGGUUGACAAGACGUGCAAGGUUUGCAAGAAAGAUACGAGAGGAGAAGCAAGACAAGUCGACAAAUUGGGACGAUAUGCUCACGUGGCUUGCCUAGAAAAAUCCAACUCCGGAAAUUUCUUCACCAGGCUCUUCUCAAAAUGAAUUUUCUAGUAUAUCAAGAGCCAAUUUGCUACUUUUGUUUUUCCUGCUCUUAUUAUAUAUGAGCUCAUACAAUAUAACAGCCAAAAUUCCAAUAUAAUUACCUCAUUUUCUUUGGCCA